UGGCAACGCGGCUCCCACUCUCCUUGGGAAAUUCCAUCUCCAUUAUCUCUUUCAUUUAUAUAUAUGUAUAGAUGUAAAAUGUUACUUCAAACUCUGCCGAUUCAAUUUGAUUAAAGAGAGAGGAAAAACAUAAUUAAACGCGAAAAUGCUGUCAUUUGUGAGAAUCUUCGAUCUGACGUGGGCUGACUUACUAGCCAGGUACGCCAUGUGGAUGAUGAUGCUAUACUUAACAAAUGUUUGGAAGCUCAACUUCACUCAUGCGGCUGCAAUUAUCAAUGUGUUUUGGGGAUUGAUGGUAAUUAUGCUCUUGCCUAUGCAAUUCCUUGUUGAUGCCUUCAUGGGUAACUACUGGAUGCUUCUCGUCUCCAGUUUUGCCUAUAGUGCAGGUUUGGGAUUCCUAACAAUGUCAACCCCUCCGGUCCUCGCCAAGGCCACAGGCACUUGCAGUCUAUACGAGCCCGAAUGCAUUGGCGAGGGACAGAAAAUACUCUUCUACACAGCACUAGCUCUAAUAGCUCUGGGACUCUCGGGUCACUUAAUUUCACUAGGGGCUUUCAUAGCCGAGCAAUUCUCAGAAGAUGUACUCGGCAACGUCACUACGUGCUCGUUCAUCGCCAUUGUCCCUAUAGGUGCUGUCAUUGCGAUUACAUAUAUAAGGUUAUGGUCGAUUCGGUUUGGCAUACCGGCCAUUUUUACAAUGGUGGCUACACUGGUAUUCUUGAGUCGUUCGGGUUCGUACAAUUGUGUUAAGCCGCAGGGUAGCUCGCUCAGCAUUGUGUUUAGAGUGCUUGUGGCUGCAACCUCCAAGAUGUUUUGUAAGUGCCCAAAGGAGGCUGAUCGGCUCUAUGAAACAAGGGGUGUUGAUGAUGUUGAUUUGUUGCCUCACUCACGUCACCUAAGGUAUCUCUGAACUUGAUCAAAUUAGAAGAUUCAACCAUGAUAUUUCGAACAUAAAGUUCACCACCGGUCUGACUUUGGUGAUUCGAGUUAUUCAUUCUAUUGGGUCUCUUGGCAUAGAUCAUCUGUGAAAAAAAUUAGAAUGAUUGGAUAAUUUUUUCAUUGAUAUGUAAAACUGAUGGUAAAAAUGGAGGAAAUAUUAUGUUGCUCUCCAAAAUUAUCACUUAAAAAUCAAUUCAACUCAUUUUUUUCUAAUAAUAUCAAUUUUAUACCUAAACUAUUUGAUUUUAGAUUAAUUUUACCUCAACUGUUAGCUGUCUUUUAUAAUCAAACGGAACUACUCACAUAAUACUAAAAUUUCAUUUGAAAUUUCAUUUUAUCCCAAACUAUCUCUAAAAUAUUAAUUAAACCCAUAAACUUUAUUUUAUUCAAGGGUCUAACUGAUAUUUUGAAAAUAGUUUGGGGAUAAAAUGAAAUUUCAAAUAAAAUGUCGGUGCCACAUGAGCAAUUUAUGUUUCACUAUAGGCGGCAAUUGAUGGUGGGGAUAAAAUUGAUUCAAAAUCAAAUAGUUUAUGUAUAAAAUUGAUAUUAAUAAAAGAACAAGGGUUU